UAUCCCGGAAGCGGGUCUCCUUUCGGAGAAGAUACCGGCCCAAAAGAAAAAAAAAAAGGCCUGCAGGUGGACUCCACCAUUAUCACAGCUGAUGGGACUUAUCGCAGCAAAGGGGAAUCUGGAAGCGGCCUUUGAUCGGUAGCUGGUGGGGAUGAAGGCAGGUUCCCGGAGGUUACUUUAACUAUUUUCUGUCUGUCAGUUCUUUGCUGUGUCGAGCCGUGUUGGCGCGGCUGGUUAAGGUUUGUGUUGAAGGAUAGCCAUAGGUCACGGGCAUGUAUUUAACCAAUGUGGAGCUGUGGAGAACAUACUGGGAGUGUGUUUCCAGGCCAUACACGGUGUUCAUCUGCUCCCUGACAGCCGCUCUGUACUAUCUGUGGGGCCGCAAAUGUCAGAUCCCCGUCUUAAUAUGCAGUGAAGCGUUCAGUGCAUUUCUCUAUAAGCACUGUCCUGUGGUAUCGGAGCGGUUUUGUCCCACUCCCUGGUGCUGGGGAGGGCGGCUGCAGACGCUGGUCUGUGCGCUGCUUAAAUCAAAACCCACUGUCUUUUAUCGAAAUGAGCUGAUUCGUACUGUUGAUGGUGGUCAGAUCUCCUUGGACUGGGUUGACAACCAUACCAGCAGGACUUACCCUGAAGCCAAAACUCGUCCCACUGUGCUGAUCCUACCAGGCCUGACGGGGAACAGCCAACAGGCUUACGUGCUUCACGCUGUCAGCCAAGCAACAAGACGGGGUUACAGAUCUGUAGUCUUCAACAACAGAGGAGUAGGAGGGGAGGAGUUGUUGACUCCCGUCACCUACUGCGCUGCUAAUACUUCAGAUUUGGAGCGAGUGGUGCAGCAUGUGAAAGGCUUGUACCCUCAGGCUCCUGUGCUUGGUGCUGGUGUAUCUCUUGGAGGUAUGAUAUUAUUAAACUAUUUGGCCCGUAAGCGCACAGAGUCAGGAAUGGUGGCAGGCAUCACGAUCUCCGUAGCCUGGGAUGCACUGAGGUCAUCGGACUCGAUGGAGGAACCUCUCAACUGGCUUCUUUUCAACAAACAUCUCACCAACGGCCUGCGUCAAAAAGUUUCUAGGCACAGGAAGAUUCUGGAGAAAGUGGUGGAUGUGGACUACGUCCUGAAGGCACGGACCAUCCGUGAGUUUGACGAGCGUUUCACUUCCCACCUGUUUGGUUACAAGACUUGUGUAGAUUAUUACCGAGAUGCCAGCCCUGCCAAAAAGCUCCCCAACACUAGUGUACCUAUCCUGUGUCUCAACGCUGCUGAUGACCCAUUCUCUCCGCAGAGUGCGUUCCCUGUUGCCAUAGUCCAGGCUCUGCCAAACGUGGCUCUGCUGCUGACUGAUCAUGGGGGACACAUUGCCUUCCUGCAGGGUCUGUUUCCUCGGGGGGAGAGUUAUAUGGAGCGCCUGUUUGGCCAGUUCGUCCAGGCAGUCUUUGAACAUCCAGGGGAUAUCAAAAGAGCCUGUAGAAUAAAAAAAGAUGAGCUAUCUCAACACCAGCACGACAGUAAACAAUAAUCAAUUACAGAAAUCAGAAGGUAGGAAAACCAAAAAAAAAAAAAAAGAAAAAUUAAGCGAAUUGCAUUGGUUGUUCCUUGCAUGCUGUUAGCCGUCCAUCCAAAUGUUUUGACGUCAUUGCAGCCCUGCUGACAUACCUCAGAUGGGAACAAAAUAAGCAAACCUAAAAAACAGUGACAUUGUCGGAGGCAAAGUCACUUUUCAAGUAUUGAAGUAUGAAGUUCUGGAGCCAGUUUAAAAAAAAAAAAUAAAAAAAAUAAAAACAGAAGAAAAUGCUUUUGCACAAAUAGAACAUUUUGAAUGACUGGUUUUUUGGAAUGUUAACUGCUUUCCAUUUCCUCCUCAACAUCAGCCCUGGAAGCACUGCAAAAUAAGGUGUGCAGAAAAUAGAAAUCAUUUUUAAACUAAUUGCCUUGAAGGAAUGUUUAAAAUCCAACUGCUAUACUUUUUCGCUCUAUAAUAAAGAUAAAAAAAUGUGGUGUUUUAAAUGCCUUCAAUUAGUUUAAGUACAGAGCGCAGCUUUUACCUAAGGUAGAUUAGUGAAACAUUCUGUAAGGUAAGCACAUUUGCUCUGUGUGAACUUACAAUAUUCCAUCUGGAAGAAUGUGAAGUGUUUUAAAGUUUGAAUUCUCAUGAUUUACCUUUGUCAUUUGCACAGUGUUAAAAAAAGAUGUAAUGUAUAAAUGCUGUUUAUAAGAAGAUAUUAGUAUGAAUCUGCUUAAAUAUUCAUAAUUGUCUUUGAACAAUGUUUUUCUGUAUGAGCAGAACUGACAUGUUUGAUUGUAAUGAAGGGAGCACUUAUUAUGAAUGGACCUUACCUUAAUGUGGUAAACUGGCAGUGAAAAUGAAGUUGGAUUCACUGUAGAAGACAUGUUUUAUUCAUUUUUCUAUCCUACUCAUAGAGAGAAAAAAAAAAAGUAUGCACUAUAGAGGACAAUAAACUAUUGCAGUUAAAUUGAUAUUUUUGCCUUUAAAAAAUGUGUGUUUUGACAGCUCUUUGCACAUGUUUAAAACAUGUUUUUUUGUU